CUUUGACUCCAGACAAAGAACUCGACAAGGAGAGCUUCUAUGUUCAUUUUCUGCAAUUGAGCUUCUAUAUUUACGAUCUGUCACAAACACUUGUAGCGGUAGGAAGAAGGACGAAACAGAAAGGCCACAUGAGAAUUAAAUCCCUUUACGCUUCUUCUCUCCCUCUUUUCUUCAUCUACCACCUCCUUCUCCACACAUCAAAUGCCCAACCCGAACCAAAUACCACAGGCUUCACCUGCUCAGCAAACCAGACAACUUAUCCAUGCCAAACCUACGCCUUCUACCGAGCCACGGCGCCCAAUUUCCUGGACCUGGCCUCCAUAGCUGACCUCUUCUCAGUCAGCCGCCUCAUGAUAUCAAAACCCAGCAACAUAUCCUCCCCUUCCUCCCCUCUUGUUGCCAGCCAACCCCUCUUUGUUCCUCUCACCUGCUCUUGCAACUCGGUUAACACUUCCACUAGCAUCUCUUAUGCCAACCUCUCCUAUACAAUCGUUCGUGAUGAUACGUUCUACCUUGUCUCCACCAAUAAAUUUCAGAAUCUUACAACCUAUCAAUCUGUCGAGGUUGUCAAUCCCACUCUCGUCCCUACCAAUCUUUCUAUCGGUGCGAACGUCAUCUUUCCUAUCUUUUGCAAGUGUCCUAACAGUACCCAGUUGCAAAACCAAGUCAGUUACCUCGUAUCCUAUGUCUUCCAACCUUCUGAUAACUUGUCAUCGGUUGCUUCAAGGUUUGGAGUACAACCACAGUCUAUAAUUGAUGUCAAUGGAGAUAAUUUCCAGCCUUUCAAUACUAUUUUCAUUCCAGUCACUCAGCUUCCAGAACUUUCACAGCCUGAUGUGGCUCCUUCCCCUGCUCCUGUACCACCUCCACCUCCUGUAGAGGGCGAUGAGCGGGAAGGGGUUGUUAGAGGCUUGGCAAUUGGGUUGGGAAUUUCCGGGUUCUUGCUGCUUUUGCUUAGUGGGUUAUGGGUUUACAGAGAGUCCGGGUUGAAGAGCAACAAGGAGAGGGAUCGAGAUUUGGAGAAGCAGAGGCGGCUUUUGGGUAAGGAAGGAAAGGGGUUGAUUGGAACGGAGAACUUGAUGGCAGAUGUUUCAGAUUGCUUGGACAAGUACAGGGUGUUCAAGAUUGAAGAUUUGAUAGAAGCCACUGAUGGAUUCAGCGAGAGUUGCUUGAUUCAGGGGUCUGUGUACAAAGGGAGCAUUGAUGGGGAAGUCUGUGCCAUCAAGAAGAUGAAGUGGAAUGCCUAUGAGGAGCUCAAGAUCUUACAGAAGGUAAACCAUGGCAAUCUGGUGAAGCUAGAGGGAUUCUGCAUAGACCCGGAGGAUGCAACUUGCUAUCUAGUGUACGAAUAUGUCGAAAACGGGUCUCUUCAUUCAUGGCUGCAUGGAAACAUGAACGAAAAACUGAACUGGAAAACAAGGUUACGAAUAGCCAUCGAUGUUGCAAAUGGUCUCCAAUACAUCCACGAGCACACCAGGCCACGUGUUGUUCAUAAAGACAUCAAAACCAGCAACAUUCUAUUGGACACGAACAUGAGAGCCAAAAUUGCCAAUUUUGGACUGGCCAAAUCCGGAUGCAAUGCCAUAACAAUGCACAUUGUUGGAACCCAAGGUUAUAUAGCACCCGAGUAUUUAGCAGAUGGGGUGGUCUCUACAAAAAUGGAUGUGUUCUCUUUUGGGGUGGUUCUGCUAGAACUUAUUUCUGGGAAGGAGGCCAUUGAUGAGGAAGGGAAUGUUUUGUGGGCAAAGACCAGUGGGAUUUUGGGGGGGAACGAAGAGAGGAAAGUGAAGAGAGUGCAGCAAUGGAUGGAUGGAGUCCUGAUUGCGGAGUCAUCCUCCAUGGACAGUGUGAUGAAUGUCAUGACUAUUGCCAUUGCUUGUCUGCAUAGAGACCCAUCAAAGAGGCCAAGCAUGGUGGAUGCCGUUUACGCGUUGUGCAAGAGCGAGGACUUGUUCUUUGACAUCUCGGAUGAUACAUUAUCAACUUCACAGGUAAUGGCAAGAUAAUUUAGAGAAUGGUAGUCAGUAAGCAGUAGGCAAUACUACUAGAAGUAGAAGGUCUGCAAUAGUAGAAAGACGAUGUUACAUUUUUACAGUAAGGUUGUAUGUAUGUAUGUCUUACUCCACAAAACAUUGAAUAAAGGAGGAGGGAAAAGGAAAGUACGUGUAAGAGUAGUCGCUGCUCGAUCUGGUGGUUCCGGUGUUGCGUGCUGGUGACACCUGACAGGAUUUGUGCUCGAUGAUUUCCAAAUUAAAAAAAAAAAAAAAAAAAAAAGGUGAUAAAAUCCACGGAUUCAACUAACUAGAAUCAUGUGGGCUUGCUCAUGCUGUUGUAACUUGUCACAUCCUUCAAAAUGGACUUAUCUACGCUUUAAUGACAGCUGGACUCAAAUGUGUUCAGCCCAUUCUUCCACCCCUUGAAAACAGAAAAACGCUCCCUUCAGCCCUCUGAAGUGAAGCCCAUAUUUUCCUUUUCCAAAUUUCAGUGCCCUGUUCUGACAGUCAAUAUUUCAGUUUCCUGGCACCAUAAAAUGGGCAAUCCUCUACAUUAAGCUCGGAUCCAUGGUGUCCAGACUCCAUUCCUCCCCCGUGUUAGAAUUGGCGGGCCUCACUUCAUAUGACCCAGUAUUUAAGAAUCUCGUCUACUUUAUUUCAUCGUUAUUGCCUUGUAGAUGUUGAUGAUGAACGCGAGCUGUUCGAUGAAAUUACUUACAAAACCGCCUUUUCAUUGACAGCUAUAUUCAUGGCCAUUCUAAAUGUAGUGUCGUCUAUAUUCAGAGGCUCUUGUUGUACGUCUGAAAGGAUGGUGUGCCUGUCCCGUCCUUGAGUUUCACUAUCUCAUCCGUGUGUGGGGCAUUAGUUUGGUAUAAUAGAGCCAAAGGUGGGGGACAAAUUAUAAAUUGGGUUUGGCAUGAAAUUUAGAUGCUGUAUUGAAUUGAAAGUUCAAGAAUAAGGGUUUGACUGAGAUUGAGAUGUCCAUCAAUUCGUCCCGUAAGAUGGGCAUUUGAUAUUUGAGAUUGAGACGUGAUGUUCAUCGCUUUGUCCUUUAAGAUAUGCCUAAUUAUGAUUCGAAAAGCGUAUUAUGUUGGAUUUGCUCCGGAAAGAUAUGAAGCAUCGAUCUGGGCUAUUUACUGAACUCCAAUUAGGAAGAAGUACUAGAUCAGCUGUUGCAAAUGCAUUAAAAUGCAAGUCUUCUACAACAUUUCUGGAGAUGAUUUACAACAACACAACACAAAAGUACAUGAAAUAGAAGAAAAUGAGGAUGUUAGGGCAAAACGAUCUCCUGGAGUCUUGUUAAUCAAAAGAUCUUCCAUCUAGUUGUUGCGUACUUAAACCAGGCUUCAUUUCUCAUGUCUGUGACGGGUCUCAUAGCUUUGUUGGAUAGCAUCAUGGUCUAGAAUCAUAAUGUUUCAUGGUACUUAGUACAUACCAUAUGCAUCUUGAUUGAUGCCCCAAUUUCUUGUAAGUGUUGUUUCCAUGAUCUAGAGAGUGAACGGAACGUGGACAUGGACAUAUCAUGAUAGACCAGGUCAUAUAGCUAAUGUGAGAAGGGGAAAAAACAAAAAAGAAAGAAACAUAGAACAACAAAACUAUUUCAAACGAGAAAUGGAAGUGCUGGCUUGUGACUAGAUAUUUCUA